GAGGGCCUCGCCAAGCACGCAGCCGGGCUCGGCACGCGUUGUGGGGCAGAGCUGCUUGGGGCCUACGUGCUGACCCUGACGGUGGGCUUGAACUUGGUGGCCAAGUCUCCUGCAACCGCCUUCUCAGCAGCUGCAGCGCUCACUUGCAUGAUCUACUCGCUGGGUAACAUCUCUGGCGCCCACCUCAACCCAGCCGUGACGCUGGCCGUGUCCUUGCGCGGAAAGUGCACCGCGAAAGAUGCAGUUUGCUACAUGCUUUGCCAGCUCUUUGGGGGCCUCCUCGCUGGGAUCACGUCGGCCUUCUUUCAGAUGAACUCCGCGAUGGCGAAGAUGUCGAUCGUGCUUCAGCCCGGGAAAAAGUACCAGGUGGGACAAGCGUGCGCGGCAGAGCUCCUCUUUACCAUGAUCCUGGCCUAUGUGGUGCUGACGGUGGCCACCACGGACACUCCGGCAGAGUGGAAAACGAAGCAGAACGCCUACUUUGGCCUGGCCAUCGGCGCCUGCGUGACCGUUGGCGGCUUCGCUUCCUCUGCCAUCUCUGGAGGCGAACUGAAUCCGGCGGUGUCCUUGGGCAUCUACAUGGGCAACGUGGUGAAUCCGGGGCACGCUGGGGUCGGCCUCUUCUCCAACUUCGUCCUCUUCGCACUGUCGGAGGUGCUAGGCGGCGCAAUGGCCGCUUGGGUCUUCCGCCUCACGCACGGCGGGUCGCCAGCGGCCGCCGAGGCCGGCGGGGCGACGAAAGCGGACGCCGAAGCUCCCUCUAGCACCGAAGCCUCCAAGACGCCUGCUCCGGCGGCGGGUGGUGACGACGACGAGUUCUGA